UGGGCCCAGUUGGCUUGCUUGCGAGCUGGGCUCGGGUCAGGAACCCAAUUCCCAAACUCGUAAGGUUACGGAGCUCCCCGGCCUCGGCGACAUGCAAGGCCGGACGCUGAAGAUCUGCCAAAAAUCCUGCCAUAAACCCCCAGCGGGUACGGUAAGCAUGACGUGAAGUUGGUGAUGCACUAAGGUAGCCGUGUAGGUACCUAGGUCGAGACCGUUCAAAUCUUGGUCUUUGUUUUUGUCCGCGAUGUAGGCUGGGAACCAUACCGCAGCAGCUGUUUCAACAUGUACUCUGGACCGGUCAAAUAUCACCAGUCUCUCCGGGGCGCAAGUCCGUGUUCGACAUGGCCGCCAACCACCUGUUUGACACCGUCAAGGAGCACUUGACAUCUAUGCGACAUCGGUACGCCGCCGUCGACCCCAGCGGGCGGAAGCUGCUCGAGGUCAAGAGCCGAUUUCAGCGCGAGGCACCCUCAACUCUUUGCUUCAACAAGCACUGACACGGACCGCCCGCAGUCUUCGGCUCCAAGGCGACGGCGACCGAUACCAACGCUAUGACGGGUCAGGCCGAGUCGCUAACGAUGAAGGGAAGUCGGUUGGACGUCGGGCCGACAUCACCGACGACAAGACGGGCGCCG